AGGUCGGUGGGCGUCCCUCAACAGAAGCAUUGAUACGCUCCGUGUGCUUCUCGUGUCGAGUCACUCUGAACUCAUCAUGCUGGGGAGGACGUGCUGUCCCAGGGUCCUGGUCCUGGUUCUGGUGUCAGCCAUGGCUGCGGCAGUGUGGGUGGAGAAGCAGGAGGCCCACGAGGUGCUGAGCAGGCGGAGGAGAGCCAACACCGGCUUCCUGGAGGAGCUGAAACAAGGAGACCUGGAGAGGGAGUGCAGGGAGGAGAUCUGUGACUACGAGGAGGCGCGGGAGGUGUUUGAGGACGACGGCCGCACGAAACAAUUCUGGCUUUCUUAUAAUCGUCGCGACCCUUGCCUGGAGAACCCGUGCCGUAACAACGGGACAUGCGUGUACCUGGAGACGAGGUACCAGUGCUACUGCGCCGAGGGCUUUGAGGGACAGUACUGUCAGACAGAGGUCGAGGACUUCCUGAAGUGUCUCUACAACAACGGCCACUGUGAGCAUUAUUGUGACGGCUCGGGGGAACGUCGGAGAUGUUCCUGUGCCGACGGGUUCAAGCUGGGGGAGGACGGCCGGCAGUGUGUCGCCCAGGUGGAGUUUCCGUGCGGUCAGCUUCCACAGGAAACCGGUCUGAACCAGACUGCGGGGGAUCAGACCCGGGUGGUGGGGGGGAACCAUUGCCCUAGAGGACAGUGUCCCUGGCAGGUCUUGGUCCAGUUUAAUGGACUUAGUCACUGUGGAGGCGCUCUGAUCAAACCAGACUGGGUCGUCACCGCGGCCCACUGUAUCCACGGCAACCUGCCUCAGAGCCUCACGGUGGUGGCAGGGGAACACAACUUGGACGUGUACGAAGGCACGGAGCAGCAGUUGCCCGUUUCCAUGGCGAUCGCCCACGAGGGCUACGUCCCGGAGACCGGUGACAACGACGUGGCGCUGCUGCGUCUGGCCCGCCCCGUCGCCCUGAGCCGCCUCGCCCUUCCUGUCUGCCUGCCCACCAGAGACCUCGCCGAGCGGGAGCUGCUGGCGACGCGCUACCACACCGUGUCCGGCUGGGGCAAGAGGACAUCCGGGGGCAACAAGGCCGCCGCCACCUCGGCCCCCGUCUCCCCGGUCCUGCGCAGGAUGUCCGUGCCCAUCAUCCAGAACUCCCAGUGCUCCCAGAGGGCCCAGUUCAACUUCACCGCCAACAUGCUGUGCGCUGGGUACCUGGAGGGUCGACAGGACAGUUGCCGCGGCGAUGAUGGGAGCCCGCUGGUGACGCUCCACGGCUCCACUCACUUCCUGACGGGCGUGGUUGGCUGGGGGCAGGGCUGCUCACUCCCGGGGUAUUAUGGGGUGUACGCAAACAUGGCCCACUUUGUGGACUGGGCGGAGGGCAUCAUGAAGGACCCGCCCACCAUGUCCACGGCCAAUGAGGAGGCAGGACACACAGAUUUGGAGAUGACGCAACAGAAAGUAGUUUAAUAAGCCAGAUUACAUUUCUGUUGUUAAAGUUUGAGCGGGAUGUUGAAUUGAUUAUGAUUGAUUAGGGAUUGAAAAGUGAUGGAUCACUUGUUUGACUGUAAAAACAUCACACAUGAGGUUGGUCCAACGAAUACAAACGAAAAGUACUGAGAUUUUUGGUAGUUUUCUGUUGUACUUCAGGGCUGCUUCUACUUGAAUAAAAUCCUCUUGCAUACAUACGAGUACCAUCCUUCGUGAACAUCUGGAUACCAUCAGCUG